GGCGCCUAUUUGAAAGACCGUGUGUUGCACGAAGGUUGUAUAUUUGAAGUCAAAAGUGGAAAGCCUUAUAACUUCUACGCUUUAGCCUGCUGGAGUCUUCAUUGUCUGUUCACAAACAUCCCGUUUUAGUUAUUUUAUAAACUGAAACCGAACGAUGAGCUCUGAAAAGGACGUAAAGACAGCUCUGACGGAGAUCUUGGAAGAAAACGGCGUGCUGCCUUCGUUGCGCGCUAAUUUGCGCUCGGAGAUUGUGAAGGCUUUGGAGGAACCGUCAGCAGCCACCCGAAGAACUCCAAGGCUGCCCGAACAGAACUGCCUCAUCAACGAACUUGUGCUGGAGUACCUCGCCUUCAACAACUACAAGCAAACCGCGUCUAUUCUCGAAGCAGAGAGUGGGUACCAGAGAAGCCUAGUUGGCCGUGCAUUCCUUGAGAAAGAGCUCCAUGUCAAUUUGUCGGAGAAGGCUUCUCAACUGCCAUUACUGUAUUCCAUCAUAGAGACACUUCGGAAUGGCGAUAGAGCCGGUACUCCAAGUGUCGCAAAGAGGACGUCCUAGAAAUGUUGGUCUGCCAAUUGCACAGCAUUAUAAUUUCAGCAGAUCUCUACUGAAACAUUCCAUGUGCAUUCUAUCAAUUUCUUAUGUUGCUUGUAAGAUAACUGAACAUGUUAGAAUCCACAUACACUUCUUAAAGUUAUGCAGCAAUUUUUAAGACUUAUUUGGUACACUAAAUGUUUUAAUUAGGAUUACAGAAAAAUGGUUUAUGUUGAUAAACUAUGUGGCAGUUUUAAAUAAGGUGUAUGUUUGUAAGAAAAUUUCAUACUAGUUUCUCUGUUUUUCAUUGUGCAAUGGCCUGUGAAGUUGUGCCUGUUUUUUUUUUUUUUUUUUUGUAAGCAAAAUUGGUACGUCAGAAUUGAGAACACAGGUCACGGUAAACAUGAUAACAUGGCUCUGUUAAUAAAUUAUGUCGACACCAACAAACCAAA